AUGCCAGAGACCAUGCGCGCCGUGCAGAUCCUCGGGGACAAGUCGUCACCCCAGCUCAGCUUCUCGCGCGCCUUCCCCGUGCCGUCCGACACCGACGACGAGGUCCUCAUCCGCGUAUCCGCCGCCGGCGUCACCGCCGACGAGGUGUCGUGGCCCGAAGUCUACGAGUCCAACCGCGUUCCGGGGCACGACGUCGCCGGCACCAUCGUCGCCCUUGGCCCCGCCUACAGCGGCGCCCUGAAACCCGGCGACACCGUCUUCGCCAUGAUCAAGGCGGCGACGCGCUCCGGCGGCCAGGCCGACUACGUGGCCGUGGGCGGCGCCGAGCUGGCCGCCAAGCCCGCGCGCCUCACCUUUGCCGAGGCCGCGGCGCUGCCGAUCCCGCUGCUCACCGCGUGGGAGGCGCUGCGCGACCACGCGCGCCUCCAGAAGGGCCAGACGGUACUGGUGACGGGCGCGUCCGGCGCGGUCGGACGGAUGCUGGUGCAGGUGGCGAGCCGUGUGCUCGGCGCCGAGGUGAUCGCGCUCGCGUCCGCCGCGAGCCACUCGCACCUAAAGACGCUCGGCGCCGGGCGCUGCGUCGACUACCGCGCGGCGGGCUGGGAGGCAUCGCUCGGGGCGCUAGAUGCGGUAGUCGAUACGGUCGGCGGCGAGGUGUACACGAAAAGCCGUCGGAGCUUGCGACGCGGCGGGGUCAUGGUGACGGUGGCGGAUCCGCCGCCGAAGUGGGCGUUCGGCGGCGGCAAGCCAGAGGAGGAGCUGGCGGACGACCCGGAGGGUCGGUUCGUGUACUUUGUGGUGACGGCCAGCGGGGAGGCGCUGGGCAAGGCGGCGGCGCUGCUGGAGAGCGGCGUACUGGAGCCGCUGCCAGUGGUGGAGUUUGAGGCGGAGAGGGCGCUGGAGGCGUGGAAGUAUGCCGGCGGGCGCGGCAAGGAGGGAAAGGCUGUCAUUAAGUUUGAUUGA